ACGGCCCCGCUGGCCCAGCCCCGCCAAGUUCCAAGAGCCCCCAGUCGAGCAAGCGCCGGGAACGAGCGCCGCCCGGGCAGGAGCAGACGGCGCAGACCAGCAAGUCUGCGGCGCUCGUCGGAAAGGCUCCGGGGAAACUCCCAGUGCCCCGGGGACUUUGGAGAGAGCGAGCUGUCCCCGCGCGCGCAAGUCCGCCAAGUGAGCGCUCAGCUCACCUGUUUCUCCCGCGCCACCGCCUUCCCACCCCUCGGACUCGCGCCUCCCGAGGUGCCCGCCCGCUCCCGCGAUGAAUCCGGCGCUGGGCAACCAGACCGAUGUGGCCGGCCUGUUCCUAGCCAACAGCAGUGAGGCGCUGGAGCGCGCCGUGCGCUGCUGCACCCAGGCAUCCGUGGUGACCGACGACGGCUUCGCGGAGGGCGGCCCGGACGAGCGUAGCCUGUAUAUCAUGCGAGUGGUGCAGAUCGCCGUCAUGUGCGUGCUCUCGCUCACCGUGGUCUUCGGUAUCUUCUUCCUUGGCUGCAACCUCCUCAUCAAGUCCGAGGGCAUGAUCAACUUCCUAGUGAAGGACCGGAGACCGUCUAAGGAGGUGGAGGCGGUGGUCGUGGGGCCCUACUGACCGGCCCCUGGCCCCCGCGGCAGCCGCCCCAUGCCUCCCCACUUCACCAGCCGGGCCGCGCCCCCUCAACAUCCGAGACUGGGCGAAGCAAACCUGUCGGAGUCAAUUAUUUCUCUCGACUUCUGCUUUUCGGGAUGAAGCGACCCGCUUUCUCGCUGGCUCUCUGAAAGUCCCCAGGCCUGGCUAUAGAAGAGAGCCCUGACUCUGGACUCCGGCAGCAAGUGGCAAGAAGAAGGCGAUUGGGGCGCAGAACUUUGGAAGCUGCCGCUGGCGCGGGAUGCGGGGACACCGGCCGGGCCAAGGCCCCUUUCCACCCGCAGCCCUCACUGGAAAUAUGCUAAAGAAAACUCAA